CAUCCAUCCUUUCUUUCUUUCUUUCUUUGGAGACCCCUGGUUUAGAACAUUGUAGAGAUUGCUGUCCACCAUAUGUUUACUCCCUGCUCCCCAGCUAUUAUAGCUUAUUGUAUCUGACAAUAAACUUCCCAGUCUUAAUAUUAGGUUUUGUUUUUUUUUUGCUUUCUGGAAAAUUACAAUACAGAUGGCUCCAAAAUGACAUCUGUACUUCUGUGGAAGAUGACUUUUUCAAAUUGGCAUCCUCUACUUUUUCUUCUUCAGCACACUUAGUGUUUCCUACUAUAGAAGAAAAUCUUGGGUGAUACUCUUCUAGCCUUUCCUCCCUAAAACUGGUAAAAUGUGUUCACUAAGUUGUUGUUGUUGUUGUUGUUAUAGAUAAUAAGUCAAAUAUUACUUUGACUUGAUGUCUAAACAUUUAGUGUUCUACUUAAAACAAGUAGCAAAUCCAUCUUUUCCUUAGCCGCAGUCACAAUGCCACAAGUACUAAAGUUCCAGUGGCUGGCCAAGUACUAGGAGAACCUAAUGUAAUCAAUGAUGCAGCUGUGGUGGUAGGAUUCUUGAAGCCUGUCUCUCUCUGUUGAUCACCCUCCAAGUCGCCUUUGGCCCCCAUUCCUUGUCUCCAUAUGACUUUUAAUAUAGGCUAAGAUUCUCCAGAAGAGUUGUAUGGGAGAGGAAGCUGGGGAUGAUAUUCAGGCCCCUAUGAAACAGCUGAUUGGUGGGGAGUUUUGCCUAUGUUGACUUAAGGGUUCUUCCCUUUCAACAUGGCACAUAACUUGGCUUCUUCCACUGUUGCUUUCCAGGAUUCUGCAUUUGCUCUCCUCCCCCCCCCAAUAAAUGAAUUUAUUUUGUUUCAAAGCACAUGAGAUACAAUACUAAGAAUGAUAAUAAUUUUUAAAAAUGGAUUGCUCGCAUCUCUGACAUUAUGCCCCAGAACAGUCUUCCCCAGCAUUGUCUUCCAGCGUGUGAGACUACAAUUCUCAUAUCUCAGAGACAUGAUAGCUGUAGUCCACCCAAGCUAGAAGGCACCAGACUGGGGAAGAGUAUCACCCUGUGCAGUCUGUUAGCCUGCUAGUUUUCCAACUGUUCAUAUUUUGCUUUUUGAGAAGUCCAAAUGUUUGUUUUCAUUCCAUUAUUGUGUUUGAAGCCAGAGGAUAUGUAAGAAAAGAAAGAGAGAAAGAAAAACUUUUCUGCUUGGAUUACUAUGGUUUCCGUAGCAAUGCACAGCCCCUUUUCCAUGUGAGGAUGGGGAGGAUCGCACUUGAACCGUAUUGAUAGACCCUCUUCUACGUUCCUGCAGAAAGGGAGCCUCCGGUUGCUUAUGGGACCUAGUGAAAAACAGCAGUAAUAUAACUCCAUCGAACUGGAAGUCAAGUAAAGAAUUGCCGAUCUGUAUAUUCCCAUUUUACAGAUGACGGAGCAGAGGCCAAAACAACUGUUUAUGUUCAGACUCUCCAGGCCCACAAGUGGAAACGAAAACUUGAUUGCCGCAGCUCCAAACAUAAAAAAAGAUUCUCUGUAUAGCCCUCUCGCUCCCCCUCCCCACCCCAUGUAUUUUUCUCUCGGCUUCAGUGAGCUGCAAGGCUGGGUAGGCGUGAAUAUACUCUGAAGCGGCGCUCUCCCUCUGCGCUUUGGCGGAGAGCCCGAACAAGGAGGCCGCCGGAGUCCUGCCUAUCUCCCCCCCCCCUCCCAACACACUGCAGAACUUGGCGCGGGGGGUGGUGGAGGAGACAGGCUCCGGCAGGCGAAGGGGCUGGUUUAUUGUGGAAGCUGCCGCUGGUGGCACGGAGGAGACCCACCUCCAGGGAGGGAGGAAGGGAGAUGGCGCUGGCGAGUUCGCAGCCAAACUUUGCACAAGCGGCUCCUACUCCUCCACCCGCUCGAAGUUAGCUCUGGAGCGAGGCACCGCGACUGGCUACUGUCUCCAGCCCUCGCCCGCAGGAGCGCCCUACCUCGCCAAAAAAGCUAACCCUUUCUCUCUCUCCCUCUCCUAGUCCCUUCCCACCCACUCCCAAAGUGACGGCGGCGGCGGCGGCGGCGGCCGCAGCAGCAGCAAGUCUGCAGAUGGGAACCAACUAAUCGCAGCCAACUCUGGCAGACCUCUCUCUCUCUCUCUCUCUCCCUCCCCGAGAGCGUGUCCGGCCACCCGGCGCCUGCAGGAUGAGCGAGCAGCCCUGGGGAGCCUCCCGCAGCCGUCGCCACCGCACAGGCGGCGACUACCCGAGGGGAAAAUGAGCGAUUAUCCGGAGAAAGAGGCGCCGAUCUCCCGCAAGCGGCGGCUGAUGGCCGCGAUUGCGUCCGGGGAAGAGUGUACAGGAGCAGCGGCAGGAGCCGGGAGCAGCAGCAGCUGCUGUACUGCCGAGUCCCUGGCUGCGGGCGCCGCUUCUGUCUCCCUUUCCUCCUCCUCCUCCUCGGUCUUGGCGCUUUGCUGCUUCAUCUGCGGCGGCGGGAUCAGCCGGGGCAAGGAGCUCAAGCUGCAGGUGAAGUAUUCCCGCGACAACCAGCCGUUCUUCCCUUUUCUGCAGCACCAGGAGCCGGCGCCCGGGGCGCAAGAGGUAACCCCGGAGGGCUGCGCUUUGGUGUGCGCCGUGUGUCGUUGCUUCCUGGCCGAGCAGUGGGACUCCUUCGAGCGGACGCGGACGCCGGUGGAGAAGCGCAUGUAUUGGCUCAAGCGGCCCUACCAGUGCGACGGGCCGGCGGCGGCGGGGGGGCCCGGUGGGCUGCGCAGGGGGCCCCAAGAGUGGAAUCUCUCUUACGCUCUGGGCGCCGACGACGAGCGGCGUCCGAGUAGCAGCAGCGGCCGGAGUCAGCCCCCAGAGGACGAGGACGAGGAGGGAGAGGCGGGAGGCGGCGCCGGUGGGGAAGACACAGACCUUUCCUCCCUCUCCGACGCCGAGAACCUCUCGGACAGCGACCUGCGCCCCCCGAGCCGGGACAGCGGCCCCAAAGUCGAUCCCGGCUACUGCCGUGUCAGAGAGCGCCCGGUGCUGAGCGCGCACAUGGGGAGCCGCGAGAGCUACCGCGACUGGAAUCAGCCGCCGCCGCCGCCGCCUCCGCCACCCUCGGAGAAGGCGGCCAUUCCCUUGCACCCAGGGAACGGGCUGUCACUGACAGAGAAGCCGAGGAAGAAGAGGCAGCGACCAGCGCGACUCUGGGGCACCGAUGCGCCUGUUUGGAAAGCUACGCAUGGCGCGCCAAUAGGGAGCAGCGCGAAGGCGCGGCCUGGGAUCUCCCCUGAACGCGGAAGAAGCGAUCGCUCCGCAGGCAAGCAUCCCCCGGAGGAGAGUGCCCUAGAGCCUCCCAGUUACUGUUCGUCGGAGGAGAGCGAGAUCAAUAUCACCAGCGAUGAAGAGCAGAAGGAGAAUGCGAGCGCCCUCCCAGCGCCCAGGCCUCCUUGGGGGGCAACGUCAUCGUCGUCGGGGGAAUCAGUGUGUUGCUACGUUUGCGGCUCCCUGUUGACAGCGACUUCCCAGCAUCGGAUCCAUGUGCAGAAGCAAGAGAAGGCUUCGAAGGCGCCCUUCUUCCCCUUUCUGUGGUUGCACAGUCCGCCCCCGGGGGCCCUGCCCAUCAGUCCCGCGGGGAGCACCGUGGUGUGUUCCUGUUGUUUCGCUUCGCUCAUGCAACAGUGGCAAAGCUUCGAGCUGGCCAAUGUGCCCGUCCUGCAGAGGCUCUAUGUCGUCCCCCUGAACGCCCCCAAAGGGAGAAAGAGAGAAACUCCCCCAAGAGAUGAAUCACUCCCCCUUCCUCAUCGGCAGGUCUUCCAGGAAGCUUGCUACCUCUGUGGAGAGGAUUGCUCCAAGGAGAAGAGGUUUGUCUCUGCCAAGAUUACCAAUGGCAAUGCCAAAACCACCAUGCACUUUCCUUUCCUUGGCCUCCUCCCUUGCCCGCCCCGUGCCAAAGGUCCCAACAAGCACUGGGAAGUCCAAAGCUGCUGCAAGUGUUAUGGGGUGCUGCAGGAUCUGUGGGCCAUGUAUCGGGCUUCCCACAAUGAGGAGUUCAUCACUUCCGUACAGAGCUUCCUGGGAAGGUAUCACCAAGUUUUUUCAGCAGAAGAGACCAGCCACAGCUCCAGGCAUGUGAAUUUGGCCAAAGCAGGCCUGGUGUCUGUCUGUUACAUCUGCGGAAGUGAACUGGGAGCCGGCAAGGAGUUCCAACUUAGUGUCAACCCACCAGGCCGCUUCGGUGAGAAAGAACCUUUCUUCCCCUUCCUCACGGUAUAUCCUCCAGCUCCUCAGGCGAAGCCUGCAGAUUCCACGGGAAUAGUGGCCACGUGUGUGCUCUGCUAUCAUGAUCUCUUGGGACAGUGGCUGCAGUAUGAAAGCAGCAGUUCCCACCAUCCCAGCAGUCCCUGGUCAAGGCAAUACAAAGUGGAGACAUUUGUCUGCUACUUCUGCAGGCAAGAGAAGAAACGGUGCCUUGGAUUAAAAGCAGUGCAAGUUGCCAGGCUGCCUGUCUUUCUGGGCUCUUUACAGGUGCCCAGUAGCUUAUUGGUGGAUGAUGGUAAGCAACUGACUAUUGGAGCAUGUGCUGAGUGUGCAGUACUGGUGCUUGCUGGCAAAACGACAGGGCCUCGAGAUCUUUUUGCUGCACCCGCAAUGGCACCGGUUUCCUUUCAAAAGGCAUCAGCCUUUCCCCUGGAGGCACCUGUUCUAAAACUAGUGGCCAGUGAGCCUGUCCAGCACCCACCAGGCACAGCGGAGAGCGCGGCUGCAGGAAACGGAGCUGCUCAAGAUUACAGGACUAUUUUGGAUGUGGAGGGUGCAGCCCAAACAGCUACAAGCAUGAGCCAUGAGCCAAAGUCACCUUCUCUAGGAAUGCUCUCAACAGCGACUCGGACCACCGCCACCGUCAGCCCCCUGACCCCUUCUCCUCUCAAUGGCUCCCUUGUGCCCAGUGGCAGCCCUGCAGCCAACAGCACUUUGUCAGUCCAAUCUGCGCCCUCGUCCAGCUUUGCCGCCGCCCUGCGCAAGCUUGCCAAACAGGCCGAGGAACCCAGAGGAUCUUCCAUAAGCAGUGAAUCUUCUCCAGUUUCCUCGCCAGCCACCAACCACAGCUCCCCUGCAAGCACGCCUAAGCGAGGACCCAUGGGGCCUCUCAUCGUCCCACCCGGAGGGCACAGUGUGCCUAGUACACCUCCUGUAGUGACCAUUGCACCUACCAAAACUGUGAAUGGCAUCUGGAGAAGUGAAGGACGGCAGCAAGAAGCUGGGUCAAGAAGCAGUGGUGGAAACAGCAGCAGUAACAGGGACCGCCUGAUUGCCGAGGCACCGUUACCCCAGGAGAAAGCCAGUGGCCCAACAGUACCUUCUCACUUGCUGGGGGCACCUUAUUCUUUUGGGAUACCACCUAACUCCAUCAUUCAGGACUCCCGCUUCCCACCUCUCAACAGCCUUCAGCGGCCUGUCCACCAUGUGGUGCCUCCCAGCGCCGUCACAGAAGACUAUCUGCGGAGCUUCCGACCCUACCAUACUACUGAGGAGCUCCGCAUGUCUUCCCUGCCUCCCAUCACCCUGGAUCCGGCCACCGCUGCUGCUUACUACCAUCCCAGCUACCUAGCUCACCAUCCUUUUCCUCACCCUGCCUUCAGGAUGGAUGAGUCCUACUGCCUUUCAGCUCUGCGAUCGCCUUUCUAUCCAAUUCCAACUCCUGGUUCACUCCCGCCCCUCCAUCCAUCGUCAGCUAUGCACCUCCACUUGUCUGGGGUGAGGUACCCCACUGAACUGUCUCACUCAACCCUCUCUGCACUUCAGUCCGAACGCAUCUCCAGCCUGACUGCAGAGAGACUGCAGAUGGAUGAGGAACUGAGGCAGAGGGAACGAGAAAAAGAGCGAGAACGAGAAGCUGACCGUGAACGAGAGAGAGAACGGGAGAGGGAACGGGAGCGAGAAAAGGAGCUGGAACGGGAACGGGAGAAAGAGAGAGAGAGGGAAAGGGAAAGAGAAAGGGAGAGAGAGCGUGAGCUGGAAAGACAGCGGGAAAGAGCCCGGGAAAAAGAACAGACCAUUGUCAAAGCCAUGGAAGGCCCCUUCCUACCAACAUCAGAGUUGCAUGGGCUGAGGAGCCACCCACCAGAAGAGCGUGUCAAACCCUCCGAGCAGUUGACGCCAAACCGAGCAGAGAAACCUAAGGACUCUUCUGCUAUUCAGGCCCCGAAGCCACUCCAGCACCCUUUGCACCAGCCAUCUGCCUCACACCAUCCAGUGCCCAGCUUAAUUUCUAACCACAGUAUCUUCCCCUUGCCUGGGAGCAGUACAGCCACAGCUCUCCUCAUCCAGCGUAACAAUGAGGAAGAGAAAUGGCUGGCCCGGCAGCGGCGGCUGCGUCAGGAAAAGGAGGACCGCCAGUCCCAAGUGUCAGAGUUCCGGCAGCAAGUCCUUGAGCAGCAUCUGGACAUUGGGCGCCCACCGGGACAGAUGGAAAUAGAGCACCGGCCAGAGAACCCCCGAUUGGGACCAAACCGACCUGAACCAGGUAGCAGAGACCAGCCGCAGCAUUUUGGAGGGCCCCCUCCACUUAUCUCCCCUAAGCCUCAGCAUCAUCCUGUUGCAACCUCUCUCUGGAACCCUGUUUCCCUGAUGGACAGCACCAGUGAACCCCGAAGGAUACAAGAAAGCCACACCCUCCAGAGCCAUCCAAACCAAUAUGAGCCAAGUCGGCAAGCCAUCCCCCUUGUGAAAGUAGAACGGGUCUACUGUCCAGAAAAACCAGAGGAAGGGGACAAGAAGAGAGAAACGUUGGAGAAGUAUCAGCCAGCCAGAGAGCUUGGAGGCACAGAGCAUGGUGGCUUUUCCCACGGGCCCUUUUUGGCAGAGCUGGAGAAGUCCACGCAGACCAUUUUGAACCAGCAGAGGGCAGCACUCUCACAGAGUGGACAGUUUGUUGACACCUUGAACAGUAAGCCUGGCUCGCCUUAUAGGCAUCCAUUACAAAAAGCCCAUGACUCCAUGUACAUUUACGACGAAUUCUUGCAACAGCAUCGUAGGCUGGUCAGUAAACUGGACCUAGAGGAGAAAAGACGGAGGGAAGCCCAGGAGAAAGGUUAUUAUUAUGAUCUGGAUGACUCCUAUGAUGAGAGUGAUGAAGAGGAAGUACGAGCCCACCUUCGUUGUGUAGCAGAGCAGCCACCACUGAAGCUGGAUACCUCCUCUGAGAAACUGGAGUUCUUACAGCUUUUUGGACUGACCACACAGCAACAGAAGGAGGUGUUGCUGACUCAGAAACGGCGGAAGAGGCGGAGAAUGUUGCGAGAGAGGAGUCCAUCCCCACCAACGGUCCAGAAUAAACGCCGCACCCCCUCUCCACGGUUUGUGCUCUCCACACGUUACAGCCCUGACGAAAUGAACAAUAGCCCCAACUUUGAGGAGAAGAGAAGGUUCCUCACCACUUUCAACUUAACUCACAUUACUGCUGAGAAAAGGAAAGAUAAGGAGAAACUAGUUGAGAUGCUCCAUGCCAUGAAACAAAAAAGUAAUUCUGUGGCAUUGAAAAGUUCCCCACGGGACAGUCCUAACAUUAUUUCACCUGAGUCACUUAUACAGCAAACUGCAAUGGAUUCAGAUAAAACUGUCAGCACUGCUGCUGCCUCUCUGCCAGACACUCAGAAGACAGCAGAGCCCUGCAGAACAGAACAGCUGAGGCCACAUGAGUUUCCAAGAGUUAAGGAGCCAGUUCCUGCCUCCAUUGAAAAGCCCAAGUUGAGUGAUGGGCACACAGCAAAGAAAAGCCUGAGCAUCCUCAACUAUGUCCGAAGCUCCUUACCAAAGGACAUCCCGGUGCCGCUCUCGCACAGCAUGAAUGGGAAAAACAAGCCAUGGGAGCCCUUUAUAGCUGAGGAAUUUGCACAUCAGUUCCAUGAGUCUGUGUUGCAGUCCACACAGAAAGCACUGCAGAAGCACAAAGGUAAUGCAAUGGGACACUCAGCAGAGCAAAACCAUAAAAUAGAUGCCUCCAUCCAUUAUAACAUUCCGGAAUUACAAACUUCAAGUUGGGCAUCUCUGCCGCAGCAGAACGGUCAGAAAGACUCCCAGCAUAAGGGCUUGAACCCAACAGAAAAUGACAAGAUCUCUGACUCAGAAGAGGAGGAGGAGGAAGAGGAAGAGGAGGAGCUCCCCAGACCCAAGUGGCAUGGGAUUGAAGCAGUCUUUGAAGCUUACCAAGAACAUAUAGAAGAGCAAAACCUGGAACGGCAAGUACUGCAGACCCAGUGCAGACGCUUGGAAGCCCAGCACUACAGUCUCAGUUUGACAGCAGAACAGUUGUCACACACCAUGACCGAACUAAGGAGCCAGAAGCAGAAGAUUGUGUCUGAAAGGGAACGACUUCAGGCCGAACUAGAUCACUUGAGAAAGUGCCUUGCGUUGCCUGCAAUGCAGUGGUCUAGAAGUUACUUCAAGGGGUAUCCCAGGUGACACUCCCUUGCACUAGGCUGAACAUAUAGUAUAGAAAUAAUAAUCUAUUUUAUUACCUGGAAUAUUUAAUAUUUUUCACUGGGAGGUCUGAAGCUUAAAAAUAAUAUCAAAAAGAGAGAAUGUGCCAUGCAUGGAGCAAAGGAUUGUGGGAUCCAAGCAAAUCCAAACCCAACUCUUCAAAAGAAGCAACUAAAUCUUUCAAAACUCUGCAAGAGUAACUCAUUUAGAAGAACUCUUGGUUUUCGUUAAAUUUGAAAGGGUUGAUUUCCUUCUCCUCUCCUCCUGCCUUUUUUUAAACAUUGUUUUUAAUCCAGAGAUACCACCAGUGACACUAAAAUCCCCCACCUCUCAAAGGGGCCAGAUUGUCUCCACGCUAAUGCUCCUUUUGUUGCCAUAUCCGUUCAACUGCUACCCUUUGGAAUCUUUUAAUUUCAUUUUAUUUUUCUGAAAUACACUGUUUCACAACUCAAGAAGAGACCAGGUACACAUCAGUUUUGGUUAGAACUGGGUAUUUUGGACACAGAAAUAAUUAUUUGCAGAGUAUAGGCCUAGCAGAAGAAAAUACAGCUUCCAAACUUGACUUCCCAUGCAUCAGUCAGCUUUUUGCUGGAAAUGCACUUCACAUGAAAAAUAAAAGUGAAUAAAUAAACUGAAGGUACCUUUUUAUUACUGGGGAGGGGAGGAUGUACAGAGCAGUGAUAUACAUACAAUACACACAGAUUAUGUACCCCAGUGGGUAGAAUUUUCAUACAAAGAUUUUGCAAUUAAAGAGUUGAAAAAGGUGCUUCAGCCUUGUACUGUGUAUAUAUUUAAAAUGUUUUGUAUGUUUUUAUUACUUUAAUUAUUGUUAUAAAAAGCUUGCCAUUUUCAAUAUGUUUCUGCUUUUUUUGUUUUUGUUUUUUGGCAAAAAUUGCUUGCUUUUAGUGUUUGUACUGCUGCUGGUCAGGAUAUAAAAAUACUGAAAUGUUUUUUAAAAGAAUUUUAAAGAAAAAGCUUUCCACUGGGGCACGUGUUAUCACUUUUAAAUAUUUUGCAAUGUGUAGCACCAGUUACUGCUAGAGUAAAUUCUCUGAUCAAGACAAACAAAAAACAGGAAUUUCUCAACCCUUCUUUUGACCCUGCCUCUAUCCCACUUUUGGAAUUUGGAAUACUGAAUGCCAGCUACUAUUUUUAAAACAAGAUCUCAGUUUAAGGAGACCAAGGUUUUAGUAACAAAACUGGUUAGUGUACGGUAUCUGGUAUUCGCUCAUUCUACCAACACUGCUUAAAAUAUCACAGCAGUACAAGAAUCAGUUUUCUGAGGUUUCCAAAGAAAAAAAAAUGCUCCAAAAACUUUUGCAAAAAUAUGCAGAGAGAUCUUCUAAUGUGUGUCUAUCUCACCUGCUUUUCUACCCCUCCAAUAGCAUGGAAGCUAGUUCCAGCAUACAUACAAUCCUUUUCUGUAUGAGGUAUGUAUGUAAACAAAACUACAUGGAACAUAUACGUUUUCACACCUGAUUGGUACUUGUGAUGCAGAUUGCAUAACAUGCAACGUAUUUGCCCCUAUAACCACAUUAUUCAUAUGUACACUCCUGCAGUUUGGGAUCACAUAUGCUGAAAACAGACUCCAUGCAUCCACAUGUGAUGAGGGUUUUAACAUCAUCCUUGUACAGGCAUUCAGUGGCAAGAAUAAAAAUCAGUUUUGAAAUAGGUAUUUUUUGUAAUCUGUGGCUCAUGCAGUAACUGCCAAAAUUUACUCCUGGUUUCAUCUAUUAUUUUCUACCCUUAUUUUAGUACUUGGUUGGGUGUUAAAUGGAACUCCUCCAUAGACAUUUCUACAAUACAACUUUCUAGCAAGUACUUUGUUCUUUCUAGGAAUUCAUGAAUUAUGACUGCUGUGAAGUUAGCAAUACCAAUACACAGGGACUUUGCAUUAGGGCAAACAGAUAAGCUAGUGAUCGACAUGACCACUGAUAUUUUAUCUGCAAACAUGCACUAUGAGGAAGUUUACAGGCCUGGUUUUCAAAGCCUUGUUUGUCUCUUAGGGCUGGUUCUCACUUUGGUUUAUUCUUAGAUGUGGCCAUGCAAGUCUUCUGUGAAGUGUGAAAGCAAUGCAUGUAAUAAAAGUAGUCCCUGUACUUUGCAAGUACAGUAUUCCUAGAAUGAGUAAAGGGACGGGCACCAAAUUUUAUAUACACGGACCUUUCACACUCAGUUAGGAGAAACGAUAACAUGAAGUGAGAAUCAUGCACUGAAGUUUAAAAUAGUUUCUCCACUGCCUUAAGUAUGCCAGUCCUCCUCACCAGUUAAUUCUUGCAGACAAAGUGUGGCAAAAUCAUAACAUUUUGAAUCAAAUACUAUAACCGAAAUUGACAACUUCUUUAUAGUAAAGGUUCCCUGGAUUCUCUUCUUUCUCUUGAUGCUGAUACUUUGGUUUUAGAAACUCUCAUUUAAUGCUUUGUUUGCUGCUGCUAUUAAAAGAUUAUUUCCCUAACACUGACAAUGAAAAGCAAGUUGGUGCAUUCUUAUAGGGCUGUAGUGCCCAGUUGUAAAGGACAGCAACACUUCAUCCCUGUCAGUCACCGCUUAGAAGCAGAUUCAUCUAGUGCAGCUUCCUUCCCCAUGUGACAAAGCUACACCUGCCAUAAUUCCCUUUUCUAUGCAACUUUUAAGAAUACCAAAGCCCUGGCCAUACUCCAGAAGAAAGUAUAUUAUAAGAAGGAACAGAAAAGAGCAAAUGCAUGGGCCUGUGUUAGAAGGUAUUAUUCCUAAAUGCAGCAAAAAAAGUUAUCUUGAAUUUAUUUUAUUUUUCCUUCAACAAAGUGAUCCCUUAGGCAACUAAACCUAACAGUUUCUAUAACAGUUUCUGAACAUCCUUACUUGAGACAAUCGGCUCUAAUGGAGCAUGAGGGAAAAAAGAGUAGGAAAGAGUGGAAGUCACUGAAGCCUCCCCCAACGAUAAGACAUCACCACCCACUUGCCUUUAAUGGAGAAAUCCCAUACGCACACAAAAUUUGUCAUUUCUGCCCUUUCAUUCCAUAAACAGGUUUUACUAAAAUAAAACUUAUUAUAUCCACACCCUGUUGGCUUACAAUUAUUUAAACAAGGGACCACAACAAAACUCACCUUGCAGUAGUUUCAAGUGCUUAUGGCAAUUCAGGUUUCAAUGUUUAACCAGAAAAUACUUUUCACAAGUCACCCCUCUGAUAAGGCAAUGGAGCAAUCAUGUCAAGUAAACCUAAAGAAAGGCAACAUGGCCUUUAAGCAUCUUAGGAAAGUAAUACAAGAGCAAAGACGGGAGAAAUGUUACUAAGCUCUACUGAUUUAUUUCUGACUACAUCACUUAACAUCACUUAACUUCUUCACUUUUUAAGUUAUCAAAGAUGGGUGAGGGCAGUUUUGUUUAUCCCUUCACACCUUUAUCUGACAGUUGCCACAGCAAUGCUUUUCAAGUCAGCAUGGAUCAUUGAUUGCUUUUACUCCCUAGUUUUUACCAAUGAGAGAAUGGGGGAGAGGGGAAAAGAUGGGCAUAGGAAGAGGGAGGCCAUUGCACUCUUUCUUCUAAACAUAACUGCACUAUCUGUUUUUUUCUUUCAACUUAAGUGGAAUUUGGGCUGGGCUCUGUGGGAAGAUGUUUGUACCACACUACUUCAACUUUUGCAAGCCCAACAACAUGUGCUGUUUAAGGACACACAUGAGAGCCUAUUGGCUUGAAAUCCUUAUCUAUGUACAAGAUCGAAGAAUGUGCACUUACUCAAAAUCAUUUGGAUUCCAUCCAACUUCAACAAAGUAGCCAAAUUGGUCAUAAUUUGCAAUUCAGAACAAGUCCACAAGUUUAAAAACUUUCCUUCAUAGAAUUCAAAGCAUAAAAGGUUAGGUAUAGGAGGUGCAAGCAUGAAACCAGAAUAUCUUACUAUGGAACCAGUUUUCCCAAAAUGUUCUCCUUUUCUUCUAUGCCAUAACAGUGAGCCAAUUCUAUCUCCCCACUAACUCCAUGCCCAGACUUCUUGGCUCACUGCUUAAAUUCUCAAACUAACCUGUUUGCUCUCCCUUGGCCCCAGGACCAUGCUAUCUGGUUGUUGUAAUGUGCAGAAUCUCUCAAGCAACUAAGCACAGAGCAUGAGGGGAGAGCAGGAAAAUAAAGCCCAGGCCUGCUGGGGCAGUUUAGAUGCUGUGAGACAAACCUGUUUUAAGUGUACUUGUUUGAAUUAAAUGUAAUGUAAUAUAUUAUUUGUUGAAUGUAGUAAUUAGGUAUUUAUGAAUAUAUUGUUGUAAUUUCUGACAACAUCCAAAAAAUAAAAUGUUCCUAAAUCAUGACAGAGGUUAUUUUCCCAGAACCAAUGGCAAAUAGAAACUAUACUGAUUCUGUGUAAGUGAAUUUAACUUUGUUUACAGAUACUGUUAGAAGACACAGCUUACUCUUGCAGUCAAAUUAAUCCAACAUUUAUACAGCAUUUACAAUGAAG